AUGUGUGUCUCCCGUAUUGCCCAGAUUCUCUAUGGUGUGGCCACUUUUGUGGCCAUAAGUCUUAUUCUGACUUCGGCUUUGACUCCGGGAUGGAAAAAGAUCCAGGUUCCCGGCAGUACCAAGGAAAUCAAUACUGGACUAUUCAAAUUCGCUUGUUCCGCACCGGAGAAUUCGACAAUGGAUGAGACGACAAAUGAUACCGACAAGGACGAGGACUUGAGCAAAUACUGUGAGAAUUGGUGGAAGGUAAAUAUUACCUUAGAAUAACAUUUGUAAUUAUUAUGCUGUUACAGAAUCAACCAACUUGGGAGAAAGUGGUGAUCGGUUGUAUGCUGGCAGCUCUGGGUAUCCAUUUGCUCGCAUUAAUCUUGAAUAUCGUCACUUGUUGCUGUGUUUGCGGAAGAGAAUACUUGCUCCGGUUGUUGGGGGUACUCUCUUUUAUGGCGUUUAUUCUCCUGGUUACAUCACUGACAAUAUUUGGGAUUCGAAACAAGGACGAUUUGGGUGAGUUUACUAACACACAAGAGUUUUUCUUUCAUCGAAAAACAACUAGGAAGUUUGACGUUUCACUUGCCCAACUAACAGUUUGUUCGCAGGCGGCAGUCCCAAGAACUUUGACAAGAACGAGAUCAGCUACAGUUUCUAUCUGGGCGUGGCCGCCGCCCUUCUCAGUUUGAUCAAUGCGAUUUUGGGGGCCAGUUCGGCAUCUUGUGCUAAGCUCGGAUGCUGUUUCUGA